UCUCCUAUACACGGAGCCUUUCUAGGGAGCUCCUGCAUGCGCUACGACAUGUCUAAAAACAUCACACAAGCUGCCCUCAGUGUGCUGUCGCUAGUUCUGAAUCCGAGGCUGCUGGUAGUGCAGGGGUUAGUGGGGAUCUUUCUCUGCGUCAACUUCCUCAUGAUCUUCACCUUUUUCAAGAAAGAGGCCUUCCGUAGCAACAUGCGCUACAUCUUCUUCGCGCACACCCUCUUCUGCGACACGCUGUUCCUGGCGAUAUCCGACGCCCUUCUCGUCAUCGUCUUCAGCAGGACCCCGAUGCCCGCCGGGGUCUGCAUGGUCGUCUACGGUUUCAGCAGCAUGCUCAACUUCGCCACGCCCCUGACUCUCACCGCCAUGUGCGUGGAGCGCUACGUGGCCAUCUGCAUGCCCCUGCGGCACGCCGAAAUCGCCACCCCGCGCCGAGCGACGGGCUGCGUCUUCGUCAUCCACGCCCUGAGCUCCGUCAUGCAGGUCGCCAUCUUCUCCAUGGUGGUCUCCUCUGCCCCCGCCGGCUUCUACGCCGCGCCGCUGGACUGCAGCGUGGAGCAGCUGGUGGCGGUACGGUGGCAGCAGGAUCUCCGGUCGGCCCUGUCUCAGCUCUACUUCCUGCUCAUGUCUAUCACCAUAGCCUUCACCUAUUUCAGAAUCAUGGCGGCCGCCAGGGCGGCCUCCGCAGACGACAGGAAGUCCAGCGCCAAGGGUCUCAGGACCGUGCUCCUCCACGCUUUCCAGCUUUUCCUUUGCCUGCUCGUGCUGUGGGUGCCGUUGAUCGAGACGGCGGUUCGCGAAGUAAACUUCACGGUGUUCCUGCAGCUGAGAUAUAUUGACUAUGUCGCCUUCAUUCUUGCCCCCCGUUGCCUCAGCCCCCUGGUGUACGGUUUGAGGGAUGAAAAAUUUUUCCAGGUUUUGAAGAGCUAUGCUCUUUUUCAAUGUUACAAGACAUUGCCCCCGACUAAAAUAUUUUCCAUUUCAGAAAAAUCUUAGAGAACACACACACACAUAUAUAUAUAUAUAUAUAUAUAUAUAUAUAUAUAUAUAUACUUGCUUAACAGGGAUUUUCCCGGUUGAUUCCAUGGUGACACAGCAGUGUAUGUUUUCAAAGCAAAAAGGCAAAUAAAAAUAUUUGAAACAGUGAACGUUGAAAUUAACCCGAAGGCACUGACAGUCCUGUCAGCUCGUUUGUUAAAAUCCUUAACUACAGAGUGUUGUUUACUGCACUGUUGUCUUUUCAUUAAAUUCCAGUAGAAUCAGGAGCUGUUAACAUUACUGGGUAGUUUGUCUUCAUUCUUUUGUAGUAAUGAAUGAUAGGAAGAUUUGUCAUAGAAAAUUAACAGUGUGACUAAUAAGAGAUCAAUUGAUCAUAACUUCAAGUUCACUCUUAUUUGCAGGGGCUGGCCAUUGCUUUUCAAUUGCAAUCGUAACUUUUAUUUUACUUUUGUGUGCAAAAGGAAGUACAUGCAGUACAG